UGCUCACGCCGGUGUUGGUGCGAGACUUCGAGAGCGUCGUGAAGAAGGAAAAAUUUUCACGUUGCCGCAGAGCGGCAGUGAAUUUCGUGCGGAAAAGGCAUUUCUGGGAAUCGAUCGCGCGGGAGUGAAGUUUUCUGGCAAAAGUGAGCAAAAUGUCGGACCUCGAGGAAAUCGGUGACAUGAGCAAUUUCGAUGCCUGGCUGGAGAAGGACUUCCUGAGCAAGAUUAGCCGGCUGGAGACGGAGUGCGAGGACGCGCGGGAAAAGAUCAAAACGCUGGACAAGGAUCUGCGCAAGAAGACGAUCGAGUGUGACAUUUUGAGGGCGAAGGUGGGUAAGCUGGAGACGGUUCCGUCGAACAAUGCGGCGUCCAACGAGAAGAUCGAGAACCUGGAGAAGGAGCUGAAGCGGAAGACGAUGGAGCUGGACAUUUUGCGGUCGAAGUUGUCGAACUCCGAGACUAAAACAGAGGGAUCGAACGAUCUGGUGGAGCGGGUGAAGCAGCUGGAGAAGGAGCUGAAGAAGCGAAUCAUCGAGAACGGUAUUCUGCGCGGAAAGCUUACGGACAUUGAGACGGAACCGCCCACACCGGAAGCGCAGGAAAAGCUCGACGAGCUGGUGCGGGGUCUGCAGCGAACCGAGAGUGUGGUGAUGAAGGAGAAGAUCAAGGAGUUGGAGGGAGACCACGAGGUUUCGGAGCGAACGGGCGAACUCGAGCGGGAGCUCAAGAAGAAGAGCAUCGAGAGUGACAUCCUGCGGUCGAAGCUGAAGCAGUUUGAGAACUCUCCCGGUUCGAACACGGACUCGAACGAUCGGAUUAGGGAGUUGGAGAAGCAGGUGCGGAAGUACCAGAUUGAGGCUGAUAUCCUGAGGGGCAAGGUCACCUCGAUGGAGAGCGACGCAGCCAAUCGGGAUGAGGAUGAGUCAAACGAUAAAAUCGAGGAGCUGGAGAAGGGACUGCAGCGAAGCACCACCGAAGGAAACAUGCUACGGGCCAAGAUGAGGAUGUUUGAGACUGACGCUACGGCUGCCCACGAUUCGAGCAGCGAGAAGAUCGAGGAGCUGAAACGUGGACUGAAGAAAAGCACAACCGAGAGCCACAUCUUGCGCUCGAAGCUGUCCGAGAUGGAGAACAAGCAGACCGCAAGCGGUGCCAGCUCGUACAAAAUCGAAAACCUCGAGCAGGAGCUCAAGAAGAAGGUCAUCGAGAAUGACAUUCUGCGAUCGAAGGUCGAACAGCUGGAGCGAGUUCCGCUGGCGGACAGCCCCGCAAACGCCAAGGUCGAAGAGCUCCAGAAAGAGGUGCGCAAGCUGAAGAUCGAGAAUGACAUACUGCGAUCGAAGCUGAACACAGCGGAAGAGGAACCGAGCGAUUCGCAGGAAUCCACCGAUCGCAUCUCCGAGCUGGAGAACUCGCUCAAGAAGCGCUCCAUCGAGACUGACAUUCUGCGGGCCAAGGUCGUCCAGCUGGAGUGCGAACUAUCCCCAAGCAAAAACUUCAACGAGCGCAUCGAAGACCUCGAAAGCGAGAUGAAGAAGAAGCUGCUCGAGAACGACAUCCUCAAGUCCAAAGUCUCCCAGCUGGAAAGCGAGGUACUCAAGCACCAGUUCGAAGGAAACAAGAAGGGUGAAACCCAAGAAAUUAAGAAGCUCAAAGAAAAGCACGAGGAGGUGCUCACCAAGGCGAAGGAACUGCUCUUCGAGCGCACCAAAACCGUCAAAACGCAAGAGAUGCAAAUCAAAGCGCUCCAGAACCAGAUCGAAAACAUCAAGGAGGUCGUCACCAUCACCAAGGACAUGCUGAACAUCCGGAACAUGGAGCACGAGCAGCUGCAGACGCGCUUCGAGAACAUCGACACCCGGAUGCAAGCGGAGCGGGAACAGCAAACGCUGCUGGAGAAAAAGCUGGCGGCCUCGCUCAAAGCGUACAACGAUCUGAAGGACGAGUACACGAAGCAGGUGGAACUGUUCAAGACGGUGCAACUAGCUGGCUCGAAACAAAAGAAAUAGGUGGUAGACUCCUGCUCCUCCUUCCCCUUCCAGGAGAGGAAAGUUGGGCCAAGAGUUUUCCUCUCACCCCCCACCCCACGUUGUAUUCUACAAGCACUAAAACUGAUGCACAUUUUCUCUAAAUUCACGCACACUAACACAGAGAAGACCCAGCUUACGAAAUAUACGUUAUGUAGUUGGACGGAACAGGACCGGGAAGAUGACGAGAAGAAGACACAUUCUGACUUUUCCAACCAUUUCCAUCCUCUUUUCUUCUCCGCUCCU